UCACCACACCACACCCGACCCACACACUCAGCUUCGUCUCGAUCUCGUGCCGCCGCUCCAGCCCAAAUCCCGAACCCUAGCCGGCGCCCCAGCCCAGAUCCCUCCCCGCGCCGCCGCCUCGCCAUGCGGAUCCGCAGGUCCGCCGCCCGCCUGCUCGGCUCCGCCUACUCCGCCCCCGCGCCGCCGCAGCCCGACCUCCCGCCCCCGCCCCCGCCCCCGCCCCCGCCGCCGCCGCCGCCAGUGCUGGAGCCCUGCUCCUCCCACGCGGGGGGCGGCGGGGUCUCGGCCGGGGGGACGACCUCCUCCGCGGAGCGGUGCGAGCUCAGCCGGUCGCCCUGGGAGCUCAUGGCCCAGCUCGACCCCUCCGAUCCCAAGGAGGUGGAACACUUCAUGGGGAAAUACUUCGUCAGUGUGCCAUGCCGGACGAGCUGGCUCUUCCAGGCCAGCAUUCUUGCGGCCUCCAUCAAGGGGGAGGAGGAAGAGGAGGGGAAGGGGGAGGACAUGGCCGGAGAUAUGGCUGACGAGGUCUUUGCCAAACAGCUGCAUAAGGUUGCCAAGAAGAAAAGGACAGUCAUGGAAAACAGAGGGAAUGAGAAGAAUGCGUGGGGGCUGAAGAAGACCAUGGAGGUUCAGAGUGAUGAGGACGACUUCGUGGCUGACGGAGGAGGACAACUUUGGGUGUGCAAGAAGAACGACGGCAAGAGGAGGUUUUGCCGCCGGCCGGUGAGCCAGCCCGAUUCCCUUUGCGUGUAUCACUUGGAUCCAAAGUCUGUGCCGCCGGUGGCUUCCACAGCAGCCUCCAAACCCUCCAGCAGCGCCAAGCCACGUAAGAGGAGGCGUGUUGAUGCUGGUGAGGGGUACUUAUACUAUGCUGGCUUCGGCCCGUCCCUCAGCAAGAGGCAGAGAUCAAGCAGCAAUGUGCUGGAACCUUUACCUGCUGAAGAAAAGGAGGAGGCACUGCCUGAAGAGCAUACUGCAGGUCCAGCCCAAACUGUUGAUGCAGACCAUCAAGCGACAUCAGCACAUGUUGACGAGCCUAGGUGUGAUGAGAUGGCCGGGAUUGCAGGCGGCGACGAGGAGAGCAGCGACGACGCGCUUGGCUGCAACGAUGAACCCCGGGUUGUUGGCGUCAACGGCAACAUCAAGAGGAAGAGCCCGUUUAAGAAGAGGUGGAGGAAGCCUGUGAAAGCUCGCUCACUCAAGUCAUUGAUGUGUUAGCACGCUUAUACCUGUACAUGCAUGCCCAAUUGGUUCUCCAUGAUUCAGGUAGAGCUUGGCAGGAUAUUGGGAUCAUGGAAGAUACCAACUCUGCUAUGGAUGAAGAAUCCCAUGCUUUGCUUAAGCCCUUGUGAGGAAGGAGAUAGCUGACGGAACUGACAGAGAAACUGGUUGCUCAAAGCAAAUAUCAUUCCAGGCAAGGUACCAAACAGAGAGCCCACGGGUGGGGUUCUUCCAGCAAGUAACGAUCGAAGUUUCCGUUGGGACGGUGGCCUCCUCGGCGGGCAUAAUCGAUCAAUAGGACUGAAGGGGCGCAGCAAGCCUGGGGCGCUGGAAAAUGAAGAAACGCCUGGCACCAUAUCAACAGCAACAUAUGAAGCUCUAUCUUUGCUCUGAACUUUAAUCCUACCCUGGCAGGACAGGAGGAUGGCAUCCAUCUCUUUAUCCUGUUAUAUCCUGUGGAAGAACCCAUAUGGUUUUGUAACAGUAUACUGUAUCAGGUUGUGGAAAAAUGCUCGUGGGCGAAGGUUUUCUUGUGUUAUGCGGCGUCGUAAACGAGUAACAGCGGAUAGCAAUGCUGUAUUCAGUGUGAGGAAUGUGGCAGCAACAAGAAUGCGGUCAGUGUGAAAAAGGGUGGUGGCCAAAAUGGGUUCAGCACCAUGUUUUUUUUCUUUCUAGACUAGAGUAUACAUACAUAGAUAAAAAAAACAUUGUCUGAUAGUACUCACUGAAACAGAGGAGGCGCACGGCACUGCUCGGUUUCAGCAGAAAAACAGUAUCCAUCCAGUGCCAACGGCCAACAAGAUGCAUAUCCAGUGCGAGGUA